CCUUGAUGAAUGUCCUUCUGUCAUUCGACAACUUACGAAAAAUCGUGUUGAUUGAACGAAUAAUUUUUUGGAUAAAAACAGUGUUGUGUUUAAACUGUUUACCUCAAGUAUACCGAAAAAUGGCAGGAUUCAUUCUGAGAAAUGUCUGCGGACGCACACUGCUGCAAGGACAAAACAGCUUUGCCCCGCUAUAUGGAGUUCGAACUGUGGUGCUGAAGGUCGUCCGGUCGGAUGAGCGUCCGGGCGAAUCACAUGAUGAUCGAAAUGCUCGCUUGAAGCGCCCACAAUCGCCGCAUCUGACAAUUUAUGCUCCCCAAUUGACAAGCAUGCUUUCCAUCACGCAUCGUAUGACCGGUAUGGCUUUGGCUGGAUACGCAGCGAUGUUGGGUUUAGGCGCUUUGGCUUUGCCUCACGACGCCACCCAUUACCUCACCAUGCUUGAAGGCCUCAAUGCGCCAACGUUGAUGGCACUCAAAUUCACCCUGGCCUAUCCAUUCUCGUUUCAUGCGGUCAAUGGAGUGCGUCAUCUGUUCUGGGAUAUGGGCAAAUUUUUGACCAUCAAGGAAGUUUAUUCCACUGGUUACGCAAUGCUGCUGAUCUCUGGUGUGCUGGCCGCUGCGCUCACCUUUCUGUAGGUGAUCAAAUUAGACAGAAGUACAGAUCUGGUAUGGCUUGUAUUUUGGGAAUAAGUUGGUAAAGUUCAUUAAUAUUUAUUUGGAUGUUAUGUGUAAAAUAAACAUAGAAAAUUGCGAUAUCCAGCUAAUUGUUUAGUAUUUUUCCUUCGUAAUUUUAUACCAUUGAUUGCAUGAAUAGUUGAUGAGCCUACCAUAAAUAAAUUUUCUAGUGCAGAUUUUAACACAAUAUAA